AAGGAACGCCAUUGUGAGCCGUAACGACUGUGUUGCAGGGUAAAUUUUAUCGGUCAUUUUCACGUACACGUUACUUGCCGGGAAAUUUUGUACAAAUAUUCUCCGAUUUUCAUAGAUUCAUAAUAAAUCUAUCGUCGGUUUGUUCGAUUCUUUGCGAUUUCUAUCAAAAUUACGUGUAGUCGCGUGACAAGAUUAACGCGAAAGCUUGUGUUACAACGAGAGGCGCCAUUCUUUUAGCAGAACGUGGUAAAUUUUGUACAUCGAGCGCGGGACGUUAACGAUAAACCGGCCUUGCAAUUUAUUAGAAAAGAUACGACAAAGUAGUAUUUUGAUAGAUCUCUUUUUAUCACAUCAACAGUUUGUGGUCUAACAAUCGGUAUGGCACAAAUGGCACAAAAUGUUGAGAUUCCAACUUUCAAAUGUGUACUAGUAGGUGACGGUGGUACUGGAAAAACGACGUUCGUCAAGCGGCACUUGACCGGUGAAUUCGAAAAAAAAUAUGUCGCAACUUUAGGUGUCGAGGUACAUCCUCUGAUCUUUCACACGAAUCGUGGUCCGAUUCGUUUCAACGUUUGGGACACAGCUGGUCAAGAAAAGUUUGGUGGUCUGAGAGAUGGAUAUUACAUUCAAGGACAGUGUGCUGUCAUCAUGUUUGACGUUACGUCAAGAGUAACGUACAAAAACGUACCUAAUUGGCAUAGAGAUUUGGUUCGUGUUUGUGAGAAUAUACCUAUAGUUCUAUGUGGAAAUAAAGUUGACAUUAAGGAUAGAAAAGUAAAAGCCAAGAGCAUCGUCUUUCAUAGGAAGAAGAAUCUACAGUACUACGACAUCAGUGCAAAGAGCAACUACAAUUUUGAGAAACCUUUCUUAUGGUUGGGACGUAAGCUGAUCGGUGAUGCAAAUCUUGAAUUUGUCGCGAUGCCAGCUCUCCUUCCUCCUGAAGUUACAAUGGAUCCACAAUGGCAACAACAGAUAGAGAAAGAUCUUAAGGAAGCACAAGAGACAGCGCUACCAGAAGAUGAUGAAGAUCUUUAGUUUGCCACGUCGUGUGUAUUAUACGAAUAGGGGCAAACCAUAUACGUACACGUGCAUACUAAGUACGUUACGUACUUGUGCCUCUCUAUAAGUCAGAGAUUCUUUCUUGGAUAGAAUUAAUGGAUACGAUUAUUUCUGUUUCAUAUUUAACUGUCAUACGAUGAUAAAAAUAUUUCGACGAUUCGCGUUUCUCGAGUUUUGUCUUAAAGGUUAGAUGAUACCAGGAAUUGAACAUUGCGUUUUCACGCAUGUCAUGAUUUGCGUGCGUGAAUUAGACACGCGGUCUAAUUCCAUACAAGUCAGUUUCAAAGUACGAUUUAACCGAUACACAUUGACCCAAUGAAACUUUACGUAUCGUAGAUUACAGUCGUUCCUUUCUUUAUUUACGUAUAAUUGAUAUGAGUAUGCGUGAGUACACGUAUGUUGUGUGAAACGAUGUAUUUAGUGUAAUGAAUGCAUAACUUGUCGAUCAACCGAAUUGUCGAUUUGCUUUAAGGCAUAGUGUCAAAGCUGUCGGAUUUCUGUUGCUAACCUUAUAAUAUCGUAUGCCGAAACAUUGUACGUGAAUUGCCUGUGGCGGAAUGAAUGAACGGGCUGCUUCGUAAAGUAAAAAAGUGAAAAAUUAAUUCUGUAAGAAAGAAUCUUUCGAUACAGUCGAUGCGCUAAUAUUAAAAGCAACUGUUUACACAUGCGUCUGCAUAUGCUUACGCGCGUACACACUCAUGUGUACAUAUACACACACACGAAAUUUGAGAAAUUCUCAAAGUAGUUCAAUCUUUACAAAUAAAUGACAUAAUCUUUGCUGCUACCUUGCGUAUGUACACACAGGAUCAUCCAACGAACAUAAAUGAAGAAGGAAAAGAAAGCAUUAGGCGUGCAGUGCCACCAGUCGUUUUUACGAGUAAUCUACAAUUCUUAAACACAGCGUUGUAUUUUGAAAUAAUAUUUCGAUUGGAGCGAAGUACAGUUUGUAGUCAGUUGCGCCUGUCCAGGAUAAUGAGGACUAUUUACUAUUUUUAUUAGCGAAGGUGAAUGUACCAUUUGUUCAACUUAAAUUAUAUAAACAGUGUUUUUUUCUUUCUAUACAAAUACGUUCGUUUCGUUAUGGUGAGACAAAGCGUUGCACAUGGUCCUUUCCCUAAUUCCUUUAUUUUAUUGCCAAUUGAAUGCACCAAGUAAUGUGUACACAAACACCAUAGCACAACUAUGGUUAAGAAAUAACAGAAGUAAAAGGAGAACGAAAUAUUUCGUAUCGGUGUCUCAUCUGUUGUUUGAAACAACUUGUACCGUUGAUGUAAUGGACUCAAUAAAUCAUCGUUGAACUGUU